CGCUCAGCGCACGCCGCGUGCUCGCGGAAAGCAUGGCGAGCUCGAGAGUGUUUUUGCCCAAGCGCCCAGCGCACGCCGCGUGCUCGCGGAAAGCAUGGCGAGCUCGAGAGUGUUUUUGCCCAAGCGCCCAGCGCACGCCGCGUGCUUGCGGAAAGCAUGGCGAGCUCGAGAGUGUUGUUGCCCAAGUGCCCAGCGCACGCCGCGUGCUCGCAGAAAGCACGGCGACCUCGAGAGUGCCGCGGUGCCAUUGCCCACGACACGCGCGACCACGCGGGAGACAUGGCGACGUCGAGAGUGCUGCUACCUGCUACCGCGCCCGUGCGCCCGUCAGCUGCCAAUGCCCGCGUGCUCGUGGAUACUGUCACGCGUUCGAGAGUGUC